AUGUUGCGCAUCAGUACCAGGACUCUGCUUAGAAGCACACCCCGCCUUUUUUUGAGGGCACAAUCCUCUAAUGCUUUGACGAAGACGCAGCUUCCUUUCACAUUCUCCAGUGCGGGCCCAUCGGCGGUCAAGUACACGUCACAACACGAGUGGAUUGCCACGCAUCAGGACGGGACAGCGUUCGUCGGCAUCACCAAGUACGCAGCAGACGCACUGGGGGAUGCUACUUAUGUUGAAUUGCCAGAAGUUGACGCUGAAUUGGAGGCCGGAGACUCCAUUGGUUCUGUCGAGUCGGUUAAAUCCGCAUCCGAGGUGUACUCGCCUCUAGCGGGCACAGUGGUUGAUGUGAACGAGGCCCUAAACGAGUCCCCCCAGCUCAUCAACGAAGACCCUAUGGGACAGGGGUGGAUUGCCAAGCUGAAGAUCAACAACCCUGCAGACGUCGACGGCGAGGAGCUUAUGACGUUGGAGCAGUAUGAAAAGUCCUUGAAAGAGGAUCACUAG